ACCGGCUGUUGAGACGAACGCUUCACUGGGGCAGUCUCCGCAUAUCAGGGGGAGAUAGACGCUGCUGCCUUUGAUUGGCCUUGGUCCUCACAGCUCCAAAAAGAAACAGGAUCUUGAUAAGCUCUAUGAGCUGAAGUCCAAAGCUCGACAGAUUAUGAACCAGUUUGGCCCCUCAGCCCUCAUCAACCUCUCCAAUUUCUCAUCCAUAAAACCGGAACCAGCCAGCACCCCUCCACAAGGCUCCAUGGCCAAUAGUACUACAGUAGUAAAAAUACCAGGCACUCCUGGGACAGGAGGGAGACUAAGUCCUGAAAACAAUCAGGUAUUGACCAAGAAGAAAUUACAAGACUUAGUAAGAGAAGUGGAUCCUAAUGAGCAAUUAGACGAAGAUGUGGAAGAGAUGCUGCUGCAGAUUGCUGAUGAUUUUAUCGAGAGUGUGGUGACAGCUGCCUGCCAACUUGCUCGGCAUCGCAAAUCCAGCACUCUGGAGGUAAAAGAUGUCCAGCUUCAUCUAGAGCGCCAGUGGAACAUGUGGAUCCCAGGAUUUGGCUCUGAAGAAAUCCGACCCUACAAAAAAGCUUGUACCACAGAAGCUCACAAACAGAGAAUGGCAUUGAUCCGGAAAACAACCAAGAAAUAACACAUGGAAAGGUCAGGGAAUGGACAACAAUGUAUUUGGAGAUACUUGAGCUGAAACUUCAGCCAUCUCAUCCUUGGAUUUUUUUUUUAAUGCUUUACAGAGAAGCAUAUAUUUUUUAUUAACAGUGCAGCAAUAUAAUGACUGAGAGGAUCUGCCAAAAGAAUAAAGCCUCCUCCCCCAACUUCCGGUCCCUUUUCCCUGCCAUCUCAAAGAGGAGCAAUGUAUCUUCCAGAGAAGAUUUUUAUUUGUGGUUUAUUAUUGUGAUUGAAAUGGGACAAAGCAUUAUGGUCUUGUUUGGUGAGACAGUAUUAGCAGGAUUUGUAGAGGUUUUUGUUUCCUUCUCCCUUCCCCUUUUCCCCAUACUUUGUUAUGUCAGUGUUUAUAUGAAUAUGACUUUCGUUUGCUUUUCCAGAAUAAAGAAGUUAUUAAUCGGAAAAAAAAAA